GCGAGCACAGGUCGUGCUGCAAUUAGUUCAUUCAUUGAAAACUCAGUUGCUCUCCGAGCGGUCGGGUAGAGACUGCUUUCGGCUUUUUUCCUGCUGUUAAGAUCUCCUCUAGAGAGCUGCAACAAUGCCCAAAAGAAAGGUUGAAGGUCAAGGUGAUAUGAGGCAGGAGCCAAAGAGAAGAUCAGCCAGACUGUCUGCUUUGCCUGUGCCCAUUACACCAGAGUUGAAGUCCAAAAGAACAUCAACUCCAAGGAAAAUGAAGACAAAAAAUGAUAUGAUGGAAAAAAACACAGAUGCAAGUGCCAAAGCCAUAGCUGAAACCAAGAAAGAAGUUGUUAAAGAAGAAUACAACAGUGAAACUGCUGAAAAUGGAGAAGCCAACAUUAUAGAGACACCAGCUCCUGAAAAAGAAAUAGAGGAAAUAAAAGAAGAAAAAAUUGAAGAUAUCAAAGAAGAAAGAGGAGAAAAGAAAGAAACAGUGGCAGCAGAAGGAAAAGAAGAUGAAAAAGAAGAUCAGAAAGGAGAUGGAGAAGAUCAAAACAAGGAAGAAGAGAAAGGAGAAGAUGGAAGAGGGAAAGAAUAUGAAAAAGAAGAUGAAGGUGGAAAAGAGGAAGAAGACAAGAAAGACACAGGAGAUGAAAAGGAGGGUGAAGAUGGAAAAGGGAAAGGAGAAGAUGGCAAAGAGGGAGAAGAUGAAAAAGAGAAAGGAGAUGAAAAAGAGAAUGAAAAUGGAAAGGAGAAAGGAGAAGAUGGCAAAGAAUCUGAAGAUGGAAAAGAUAAAGGAGAAGAUGAAAAAAAGGGAGAUGAUAGAAAAGAGAAAGGAGAUGGAAAAGAGAAUGAAGACGGAAAAGAGGAUGAAGAUGGAAAGGGGGAUGAAGGUGUAAAUGAGAAAGAAGAUGAAAAAGAGAAAGGAGAAGAUGAAAAAAAGGAAGAAGGAAAAGAGGAAGAAAAUGGAAAAGGAGACAGGAAAGAUGGAGGAGAUGGAAAAGAAGAUGAAAGCAAGGCUGAAAUUGGAAAAGAAAUAGCUGAAAGAAAAGAGGUCAAAAAAGAAAAUGGAAAAAAAGUAGAGUCUCAGAGUAUUGUUUAAAGCUGCCCUAUAUGGUUUCAUAUUUUGGUAAUAUGUACCUUCAUGUUGUAGUGUUAAGAGAGAUG